UAGGGCUCCCUCCUACUCCCGACUCGGCAAGCCACCAUGGCCGCCGACGCCAGGUCGCUACUCCGCUCCUGUUCCUCCGUUCUCCGCGCUGCUCCGGCGAGACCGUCUUCCAUCGGCCUAGGUGGGCGUCGUUCCGCCCACCGCCUGUUGUCUGCGCCCCCUCGCAUUCUCAGGUUGCCCGUGGAGGUGUGCUUCUGCCUGGAGUCGCUGCUGCCGCUGCACAGCGCCACCGCCGCCGCACUGCUCAAGUCAAUGCUCGCCGUUGUGCCCGGCCAAGGCAUCGGCUGGAUCGUUGAAGAUAAUUGACACUGCAGACAAUUUAUCUCUUGUUCAAAUGUCUAGCUAAUUGGCGUAUU